AGGUUUGAACUACAGUUACGUUCUACAUGAUUCUUUAAUUGUUCUAUGUCUUGCCUCCGAGCGGCCAUGGUGGUGUGAAGAGCUACGAUACACCAAGGCUGAGUUGGUGCUCAAACCCAGAGUACGUAAGACGCUCCCGAGUCUCAAGAUAUUGACUAUAUCCCAGUACAAUCGGCUUAAUUCAGUUAUCAAGAAACACUAAGCUUGACCAAUGGCACCUAUUAAGUCAAGAAGAAUUGCCAUCCUCGGUAGCAGAUCCGUCGGAAAAUCCAGUUUAACUGUGCAAUAUGUUGAGAAUCAUUUUGUCGAGUCGUAUUACCCGACCAUUGAGAAUACCUUCAGUAAAAAUAUAAAGUACAAAGGACAGGAGUACGCUACUGAAAUCAUUGAUACUGCUGGUCAGGAUGAAUACAGUAUUCUCAACUCCAAACAUUCUAUUGGUAUUCACGGCUAUAUUCUUGUGUACAGCAUCACGAGCAAGUCUUCAUUUGAGAUGGUGAAAAUUAUUCGCGACAAAAUUUUGAAUCACACAGGAACGGAAUGGGUUCCCAUUGUUGUGGUCGGAAACAAGAGUGAUUUACACAUGCAGCGCGCAGUAACAUCCGAAGAAGGAAAAGCACUUGCUACCGAGUGGAAAUGUGCCUGGACUGAAGCUUCAGCUCGCCAUAACGAGAAUGUUGCUCGUGCAUUUGAACUCGUUAUUAGUGAGGUUGAAAAGCAAGCAAAUCCUACCCCAGCAGGAGAUAAGGGCUGUGUCAUUGCCUAAUUAAUAAAGGUUGUACUAGUGUCUCCAGAGCCCUUACAUGACAAAGAAAAAUUAAUACCAUUAAGAAUCAGCUUUUUUCAAACGGAAAUUAAGAAUAUCAGUUUUCCCACUGACGAUGGGUUCAUCCUCAGCGAUAUUUCCGUUAACACCAACAAUGGACAUGGCUUCUCCUCCCAGUACCAUGUGGGAGACUUCUCCGGCUGUAGUGCCUUUCUUCACCAAAAUACAGUCGCGGAACACGCCCUCGCUCACAUUGCCAUUGGAGAAGUUGUUAAUAUUUUUCACAGAGAAGACGGGUAUCAAGCCCAACAACUCAAUGGCCUUCAGUAAAACGUUAACUACGCCAGUGGAUCCAUGCCGAUAUAAAACCAUAUCUUGCAAAUUGGUGAUAUGGUUUUUCAGUUUUUCGUCCAUUGGCUUCAAAUCAGAAUCUGGCAAGUCGUCCUUUGUAUCGACGAAUUCUGAUCCUUCUUCAUAUUUAAUGAAUCCUUGUUUUGCGAGUCGGCGGAGCAGAACUUCAGAUAUUGCUGACGUAAGGACGAGUAAGUUAGGAUUUUCUUUUCUUGCAAUCUUAGAGAUGUUGGCGUCAGCAUCUGGGUGAUCGAUCUUGUUUAAAGCCUGGUUUAUUGUGUUUAGUUAGUAAUUGCACGUGAAUGAACAAAUAAUCACUUACAAUGACUGUAGGG